AUGCCCAUUCCACCCAUCCUAGAAACAAUAUUGGAAUGCAUUGAGCCUUCAUCGAGCUUCACUGGCGCCCUACCACGUGUAACAUCUUCUUCCGGAGCAACAUACUUCGUCAAAUUGGGACGUCCCUCCGAGAAGGAACAAUAUGAAGGCGAAUCGGAAUCUCUCAGAUUAUUCGAUCGAUCCAGUCCUGGAAUCGCUCCUAAACUGUUCGUCAAUGGUAUCGAUGAAUCUACUGAGAGACCGUAUAUGAUUUCAGAGUAUAUCGAUGUGAAGUCCUCUUCAUUGUCUUCACAUGGUGGAGCGGAGUAUUUGGCCAAGAAGUUGGCGACGGAGGUCCAUUCGCUGUCGAGUGAGAAUGGGAAGUUUGGGUUUAGUAUACCUACGUAUUGUGGUGUGACGAGGAUUGAGAAUGGUUGGUAUGACACAUGGGAAGAGGCUUAUGGGAAGAUGAUCGGUGGACUGCUGGAUGGAAUCGAGAGGGAGGGGAGAGACCCUCGCGGGGAGUUGGUAAAAAUGGGAAAGGAAGUGAUCACCAGGGCCAUCCCUCACUUACUGGGACCAAGACUCAAAUGCACACCUUCGUUUCUUCAUGGAGAUUUAUGGAGUGGAAACGUCGCCAUCUCAACUAGGACGUCCAAACCAUUCAUCUACGAUCCAUCUUCUUACUUCGGGCACAACGAAGCAGAUCUCUCCAUUGCGCGUAUAUUCGAGGGUUUUCCCAGAGCAUUCUAUGAGACGUAUCAUCAGUAUCGAACUAAGAGCGAGCCAGUGGAGGAGUAUGAGCAAAGGGCGGAUUUGUAUGAAUUAUUCCAUUACUUGAACCAUAUGCUGGUGUUUGGGGUGAGUCUGAAAGGUGAGGCACAGUGA